AUGACGCUCUCGCGACUCCUGGGCGACUCUGUCUGGAGCCCGACCCGAGGUCCUGUCCAUGGCGGGAUCUCCUCGAUCCGCGUCCAUGGCGGGCCAGGGGCGCGGGAUGUGCCUCUCCACGCGUCGCGAGACAGUUCUCCCUUGCCACUUGCCUCCCUCCCGGUUCCACUUCCACUUCCACUCACACAGAGCUCACCGCCGAUAGCUAGGUUCCUACCAAAAUCCAAGGCGAAUCGAAGGCUAACGCUGGCGAUCUGCACGGAUGAGGAAGGAGAGGAGGCAGGGGAGCGGUCGUGGUGGAGGCGGUCUGGUGCGGAGGGCGGGGAAGGGGCGAUGGGAGCUCGCGAAGGCGCUACGGGCGAGGAAGCUGGAUCGGCAAUGGCGAGGUCGAGGUCGACGAACGGAGAUUCCGCGGAGGACCGAGCUAUCUCGCCUCGGUGCGGCGGCUUCAGCUUCUGCGUGGGCUCGUUUGGGCCAAUCGCCGUUGCCCCCGAGCUUGCCUAUCUCGGCGCGGCAGCAGAGUUCGAGGGAUCGAUUGGAGCCGAUGUCCAAGUUCAUCUCAGGUGCGAUAAUGGCGCUCCAGGCGCCAGUACAGGGGCAGAAGCCUGGUCCGAGGAUCGUGCGGGUGCAGGAGGCCUUUCAGAGAGAUCUGGAGCUGCAGGAUACUGCACAGAGCUUGAUGGCAGAGGAGAGGACGCCGUCGGAGCAGAAUCUAGAAGCAGGCGUUCAUCGAUUCCCAUUCGAUUUGGCAGUAGAGAAAGCAUAUGCGCAGCUACCGCCGAGGUGGAACAAGAGACCACAUCCUCUGGGCCUUGCGGUAACGGAGUUGAAGGCGGCGCUUGCGUUGUUGAUACUGCAUCAUCAUUCUCUGAUACUGAACAAGUGCGCAGAGGAGGUUGGGGAUGCAGAAGUUUGAUUGGUACGGCUGUGCUUGGUUUUGGCGGGACUGAAAAGGUGGGGGAGCUGGUAGUGGGUUCCAGGAACUCGUCCAUGGCGUCAUGGACCAAGUCAAGAGUUGGUGGGCGACAGGUGCCGGUUGUGGACAUGGAGGAUAAGGAGCUGGAGACGCUUUUUGGACAGCUAUGGGAUAUUCCACAGCAUCUGGACAACCCUCCCCUGCGUGUGGCUCCAUAUAUAAGCCCUCCACGCCCUAGGGUUCGGUAUUCCCCUCCACCGCCGCCAUUACCACCAGAAAGACCAGCACUAUGUUAUCUUGGAGUUGAGGAGGUAGAGAUUGUAGAUCUGGAGUCUGAAGAGGUGAUCAUGGCUGACAGAGGGCGUGGAGGAAGGAACAGAGGAAGAGGAUCUGGAGGGGGGAGAGGGGACAACUGGAAUCGGCAGUUCAACAACAACCAAUUUCAGCAAGGCACUCAACAGCAACAGCAACCCUUUCAGCAGAACCAGGGUCCAUACCCUCAGUUCCCUCCACAGCCUUAUGGUUUUGCUCCUGGUGGUAUGCCUCCUCCUUGGGCUUUUCAAGGUCCUUAUCCUCAGUUUAAUCCACAGCAGUAUGGGUUUCAGUCUAACCAGUGGAUUGCCCCAAGUAAUGAAGAGAUUCCACAAAAUUCUCAAGCUCAGGUGGAUGACAAUGUAGCUAAGGCAAAAGGUGGAAUGGCAAAGCAGAUGCAGAAGAAGAAACCUGGUGGGGGUAGUGAAGCUCAGGUGAUUCCUAACCAGAUGUCCUAUGUAGACACCAUCUGCCUUGGUUGUGGAGAGCCUGGUCACUUCAAGCAAUCUUGUGACAAGAAAGCUUUUUGCUUCAUUUGCAAAGCUACCAACCAUGGUGUUGAAGGAUGCCCUGUUGUCAAGAGACCUCCUCAAGUGGCAAAGUACAUAGGAAGUGCAGCUAAUGGCUUAGGUUUCUUCCAUAUUGAGAUUCCUGAGGUAGUUGUCAAUCCUGUGACUACUACUAAAAACUGUGGGCUUGUGCUGAUUGAGGAAGGCAACAUAACCAAAGCUGAGUUGGCCAAGGAGUUUGCAGGGAUUUACAGGACAAAUUGGCCAUGGCAAAUUAGGGAACUUACUCAGUGGUCAUACCUGGUGAAAUUUCCUCCUCAUCUACCUGUAGACCAGGUGAUUGGGUACCCUAGGUUUGGCCUAACAAAACCUGGAGUGUGGGUAAAGGUUGAGGCAUGGGAUGAUGAUCCAGACCCUGUGGCAGUAAUGCAAGUGACCUGGAUGAAGAUACAUGGUUUACAACCUCCAUGGUGUGAAUGGAAUGUGAUAGCCCAGGCUGUGUCUGUGUGUGGCAUCCUUGAAGAAAUAGAUUGGAUGAGUGUUUUCAAAGACUGUGCUGAGGUUGUAAGGGUGAAGAUUAAGUGCAGAGAUGCUACCAGGAUUCCUGCUGGUAGACUUUUCCAUUUCCAGGGCAAAUUCCACCAGCUGUUGUUUGAGGUUGAGGGGGAACCUGCUAUGGGGGUGGCAGAGGAUCCACCUAUUCCACCGCCUCCUCCUCCAUCUGAUGAAAAUGAUGAGCAGGGGAAUGAAGAACAGAAUGGUGAUAAACAAGAUGGAAUGGAUACUGACAGAGGCAGUGCAGCAGGGAAUGCCUCUGCAAGCUCUGGAGUGGUUAAUCCUGGCCCAGCUAGCUCUGGAUCUGUAGGGAGAAGGCUGGUUACUGAUGGUGGAGAGAUCAAGGAGUAUGUGAGUGGUGAAGAGGUUUAUGAGUUGCUUCUCAAGAAUGGUGAGGUGGAUGAGGAAGGCAGGUUCAUCUGGAGGAGUGGUCCUAGCAGAAUUAGUGAAGAAGUGAGUGAAGAAAUUCAGAACUUCCUUUUGGAAGAUCAAGAGAGUCUGGCAUGCAAACAUGGGGUUAAUCUGGAUAGUAUGGAGAUGAAUGAUGGUGAUAUGGAACUGGCUCUACCAGAAGACAUCUUGCCUAGCUUUGAGAAGACUGAUACAGAAGGAGUGAUGGACACUGACCAACUGAAGAAACCAAGGAAGAAGAAAGCUUGGGGUCCUGUUCAGGCUACAAGGCAGAGUUCCAGGGUGGACAGGUCUAUGAAUGUGAUGAAGAAGGCUAUUGAAUACAAGAAGAAGAACAACUUGGAGGAGCCUAACAAGAAGAUGAAAGGUUUGGAAUGUGAUCCUGUCCUACCUAAGGAACUGGAAGGUUCCUUUCAAGGAUCAGACAUGGAAAGAAGUGGACUUGUUCAUGGACCACUUGGUGAGAAAAAUCAGGGCUCCGCUGGAACUGACACAAAACUGAAGUGUUCAUCAUUCGACUGGAUCUCUUCCUGGGCUCCGAGCAUCCAAGCUGUCACAUGGCGGGAGGGCGUCGGCUGGAGUACCUGA